AUUGGCUCGGGUUUCAGUGGCUUGGUAUUCUCUCUUGUCAACAGUCAACACCUCUAACAGGGAUUCACAGACACCCAUAGUUGGAGGUUCAAAGAGUCGGGUAGACGAUUCAUCAUGGCUGAUACCAACCUUUUACGAAUUUCCGUUCUCUCAUGGCUGGGCCUGUUCGUCAGUGCCGGUGUGCUCUAUUCUACCGCCGUGGUCCUGUACCGGCUCUUCCUGCACCCGCUAUCGUCCCAUCCGGGCCCUCUCCUCGCAAGGAGCACCGAUCUGUACCAGCUCUGGCAUUCUUAUCGAGGAGACCGGCACCUUGAGCUCUGGCGUCUGCACCAGAGGUAUGGACCCGUGGUGCGGAUCGGGCCUGACAGCCUCUCCUUCAACACGUCGUCGUCGCUCAAGGAGAUCUAUGGUUUCAAGUCCAACGUGCGCAAGGCCCAGUUUUACGAUGCCUUUGUCCACCCGGCACCCAACACGCACAACUGCCGCGACAGGCAGCUGCACGCGCGCAAGAGACGGGUCAUGGCACAUGCGUUCAGUGACGGCGCAAUCAAGGAGAUGGAGAGGUAUAUACUGGCCAAUAUCAGGACCUUUUGUGAGGGCAUCGGCGCUGGGUCGCGUGUGGGGGAUAACAAGGGCUGGACGAGCCCCAAGUGUAUGAGCGACUGGUUCAGCUGGUUGAGUAUGGACAUCCUCGGCGACCUGUGCUUUGGCAAGGCGUUCCACAUGCUGGAGAAGGAGGACAACCGCUUCGCCAUCGACCUGGUCAGCACCGCGGCGCACAGGCACCUGAUUUGCGGAACAAUGCCUAUCCUCAACACCCUCUCUCUGGACCGGCUCUUGUUUCCUAACAUCGCGGCCGGGCGUGCGCGGUACAUGGCCUACAGCCGCGCACAGCUGACAGAGCGCACAAAGCUGGGUGACGAGACAGAUCGCCGCGACUUCUUCUACCACCUCCUCAAGGCGCGCGACCCGGAGACGGGGCUCGGGUUUUCGACGCCGGAGCUGUGGGGCGAGUCGAACCUGCUCAUCAUCGCGGGCAGCGACACAACGUCGACGGCGCUGGCGGCGACGCUGUUCUAUCUCGUGCGCAGCCCGGAUGCGCUACGCAAGGUCGUGGCUGAGAUUAGGCAGAGGUUUACCGAUGUCGAGGAGAUCAGGCAGGGGGCGGCGCUCAACAGCUGCACGUACCUGCGCGCCUGCAUCGACGAGGCGAUGCGCAUGUCACCCUCCGUGGGCGGCAUCGUCCCGCGCGAGGUCCUCGCGGGCGGCAUGACCAUCGACGGCGUGCAUGUGCCCGAGGGCACGGUCGUGGGCGUCCCCCACUACGCAAUCCACCACAAUGCAGACUACUUUCCUGAGCCGUUCAGGUAUGUUCCAGAAAGAUGGAUUGCUGGGUCCAAACUGCCAUCAUCGACAUUGUCAUCAGGAGGUGUGAUGGUGGGCGAGACGGACGUGGCGACUGCGCAGGGAGCUUUCUGCCCGUUCAGCAUCGGGCCCAGGGGAUGCAUCGGCAAGGGGCUCGCGUAUGUCGAGAUGACAAUGACGCUGGCGCGUACGCUGUGGCUCUACGAUGUGAGACGGGCCGAGGGCAUUAUUGACCCGGCUGAGGGCGGUAAGAGUGGCGCUGAAUGGGGACGCGACAGGAGGGAUGAAAUGCAGCUUGUUGAUACUUUCACUAGCUGGAAGGAGGGCGUGAUGGUCGACUUCAGGAGGAGGGAAGAAGAGGAGACCUGAAAGGGCGUUCAAUGUAUAAGCUCAGCCUGUUGAGCAGAUUCUGGUCAGGAUAUGAAGGUAGCAUCACUACCUCCAGCCAAAGAAUGAAAUAAAUUGUUGUUGAU